CUGGCAACUGUUCUCUUGCAGCUAGUGUACAAGAAAAAAAAAAUGAAUGGUUCAACUACACUUGUCGUAGACAACGGUACAGGUUUUGUCAAAUGUGGUUAUGCAGGUUCCAAUUUCCCCGAACAUGUGUUUCCCAGCGUAGUGGGUCGACCUAUUCUGCGUGCAGAAGAGAAAGUAGGUGACCUUCAAGUAAAAGAUAUCAUGAUUGGUGAGGAAGCUGCACAACUUCGAAACAUUCUUCAAAUGUCAUAUCCAAUGGAAAACGGCAUCAUCCGCAACUGGGAGGACAUGCGUCAUUUAUGGAAUUAUACAUUUGAUGAAAAGCUCAAGAUUAACCCAAGAGAUUCCAAAAUUUUGUUGACCGAAGCACCCAUGAACCCCAAAAAGAAUCGUGAAAAGAUGGCAGAGAUUAUGUUUGAAGAAUAUGGGUUUCAGGGCAUUUAUGUAGCUAUUCAAGCUGUAUUGACACUUUUCGCUCAAGGUCUUAUGUCGGGUGUUGUAGUUGAUUCUGGUGAUGGUGUUACACAUAUUGUUCCUGUCUACCAAGGUUAUGCACCAGCCAACUUGACACGUCGUUUAGAUGUCGCGGGUCGUCAUGUUACAAGGUAUUUGAUUAAAUUACUACUACUCCGUGGUUAUGCAUUCAACCGUACUGCAGAUUUCGAAACCGUCCGUCAGAUCAAAGAAAAGUUCUGUUAUGUUAGUUAUGACCUUGAAUUAGAUCAAAAGUUGGGUAAUGAAACGACAACACUUGUGGAAAGCUAUGAACUCCCUGAUGGACGUGUCAUCAAAGUUGGAUCUGAGCGUUUUGAAGCUCCCGAAUGUUUGUUCCAACCCAAUCUGAUUGAUGUAGAAGCACCAGGCAUGGCUGAAAUGCUUUUCAACACCAUUCAAGCUGCUGACAUUGAUAUCCGUGCUGAUUUAUACAAACAUAUUGUUCUUUCUGGUGGCUCAACCAUGUAUCCUGGUUUACCUAGCCGUUUAGAAAAGGAAAUGAAACAACUGUAUCUUACAAAUGUAUUAAAUGGUGAUGCCAGUAGAUUAAAUAAAUUCAAAAUUCGUAUUGAAGACCCUCCUAGACGUAAGCACAUGGUGUAUCUCGGUGGUGCUGUACUUGCUGACAUUAUGAAAGACAAAGACAGUUGGUGGGUUACCAAACAAGAAUGGGAGGAAAUGGGUCCUCGUUCAUUAGAAAAGAUGGGUGUAUUAGGCUCGACUGCAUAAAUAAUGCAAAUAUAUCAAACAUAAAAAGAGUAUUCUGUAUAUCAAUUCCUACUAAUAAAAACGACACGUCAGAACGAAGGCCUACCGUUCGACUUUUGCAACAAAAUAAGUGGGGGAUAGCAUCCCCUUGUCUGUUAAGGAGCGAAUCAAGGGCCUGUCACAUGUUUACUGAUUAUCCUCAC